UGAACUACACUCAGGCGUCCAGACCUCCUGUGGGUGAGGAGGGAACUGCUGAGGAAAGGCCCCCCUUCUCUCCGACCCGCCCUCACUCCUGCGGACCCUACAUCCAGCCAAGGGUUUUCUUAGUGUCUUUGCAAAGGCUUAGAAUCGGACUGUAGCCAGGGCGGCUCUGUCCUGUCUGCAUAUUCAAGCUUCUUUCUACCCGCUUCUACCUGCAGAGUCUCGGAGGCCGGAGCUGAGCCUCCAGCUGACGACGAAAGAAAAUGGGCGUGAGAGAGGUGUUCAGAGCCACCCAGCUUACUAGAGGCCGAGCCAGCACUAGCCCCCAGGGCUCCUGUCCGGAGGAGGCUGGGCGGGGCCCUCAUCGCUAAGCCCCGCCCCUCCCUACCCUCCACCCCUUCAGACCUUCUCACGGAUUUCCUCUCCUCCAGGGGCAGGACUCUGAUAGGAGGUCAUGGAGAGAGAACCCAACCAGCAAGGAAGGACCAUGUGCCAGGGGUCGUUAUCAUUCAGAGACGUGGCUGUGGGCUUUACCCGUAAGGAGUGGCAGCAGCUGGACCCUACGCAGAGGACCCUGUACCGGGAUGUGAUGCUGGAGAACUACAGCCACCUGGUCUCCGUGGGCUGUCAAGUCACCAAACCAGCUGUGAUCUCCAGGUUGGAGCAGGGGCAAGAACCGUGGAUGAAGGAGGAAGAGAUCCUCAGAUGGAGCUUUCCAGAAGUUUUGCAAGUUGAUACCCAAGUAGAUAGACAACGGGAACACCAAGACAAACUUUUGAAGCAAGUUGCACUCCUAGACAAGAAAAAAUUGACCCCAGAAGGGCACAACGCAUGUAACACAGUUGAAAAAAACACCUGUCCGAAUACAAACGUUGUUUCUUCAGGACAACAGGUCCCUAAGUGCGAGUCGUGUGGAGCAGCCUUGCCGGGUAAUGCAGGCGUUACUCCUAACGCGUACCUUGCAAGAAGGAGAUUUGAAUAUGAUGCACAGGGGAACUAUUUCUCUAUUCUAAGCUGGAAACUCCACAUUCUGGGGCACACCCACGUGAAUGUAACCAAUGUAGAAAUGCUUUAAGCCGUGA